AUGGCAUCGGCAAUCCGCAACCUCGCCCACAUCCCGCGCUGCUGCGCAACAACAGCCCUCCCGCGCCAGUAUUACCACACCACCGCCGCCCUCCGCCUCCCCUACAAGAACUCCCAAGACCGCCAGUCCCUCAAGCCGGGCUCCAACGACGGCACGAGAUCCGGCCGCGACGACGACGUGGUGGCGCAGAAGGACGCCUCCUUCAACCCGUCCAAGACGGACCCCGAGUCGGAGCACGAGGCCGCCGGACGGGGCACCGAGACGAACCCGCUGACGGCGAGCGGCGCCAACCAGGAGUUCAACAAGCCAAUGGGGGACACGGCCAAGGCGCAGGAUACGGGGCCGGGCAAGGAGACGAGGAAGGGCGGGAGGAGCGGAGCGGGGAGUGCGCCGAAGAAGGGGAAGCCGCCUGGAGGCGGUUGA